AUGUUAGAUAAACUACAAUUGGAUAGCCUAGAUAAUAUUCGCACCUUCUCUGAUUAUUGUUCUUAUUUGCGCGGUGAAAAAAUUCCAACGCCGCCUCCUGAGCCGUUGGAAGAAGCGUUUCCAAAAUCGCCAAGCCUUGUUCGAUUGAAAAGUCCUUUAUUGCAUUCACCAGAGCUUGUGUUGAAAGAACAAUACGAUCCAAACACAAGAACAAAGGGCUUCUACAAAUGA